AUGUUUUCUGAUGUGCUCUGUGUUACAGUGGUACAGAGUCAGAAUGGCUGGGGAGUGACUUACACUUCUACUCAGAUCUGUGCUGUAAAAGGAUCAUCAGUGGAGAUACGCUGCACCUACACAUACCCACCCAGAAUAAAUAAUGAAACUAUUGAAGUUCAGAAAAGAUUAUGGUUUACUAAAUUGCAACAAGAUGUACCUGUGGAUCUAAAAACUGAUCCAAACUAUGACGCUCGAGUGGAGUAUAAUUUUUUUCGGAACAACAGCACUCUGAGAAUCACAGACCUGAGAGAGAGUGACUCAGCUCAAUACAAGUUCAGGUUUGAGACAAACAAUCGUAGUGGACGUUAUACUGGCUCUCCUGGAGUCACUUUACUUGUUACAGAUGCUCCAAUACGCCCCUCUGUGUCAGUGACUCUCUCGGGUGAGAUAGUGGAGGGCAGCUCUGUGACUCUGACCUGUAGCAGUGAUGCUAACCGAGCAGCUAAUUACACCUGGUACAAGGAGGAUGAUCAGAAACCUCUCAGUAAAGACUCCCAGCUCAUCUUCAGCUCCAUUCAGUCUUCUGAUGCUGGAGAGUAUUACUGCAUAGCUGUAAACAACCUGGGGACAAAAAGGACUGGACACAAUAUCAUCAUUGUGAAUUAUGCUCCAAAGCUUCCCUCUGUGUCAGUGAGUCCCUCUGCUGAGAUAGUGGAGGGCAGUUCAGUGACUCUGACCUGUAGCAGUGAUGCUAACCCAGCAGCUCAAUAUACCUGGUACAAGAACAAUGAUCGCAAACCUCUCAGUGAGAGCUUCCGGCUUGGGUUCAACUCCAUUCAGUCCUCUGACUCUGGAGAGUAUUACUGUAAAGCCAGAAACAAGCUGGGGAUGAAGACGUCUAGGAACAAACUUCUUGAUGUAAAAUAUGCUCCAAAGUUUCUGUCUCUAUCAGUGAGUCCCUCUGAUGAGAUAGUGGAAGGCAGUCCUGUAAAUCUGAUCUGCAGCAGUGAUGCUAACCCAGCAGCUAAUUACACCUGGUACAAAGACAACAAAGAACUGUCAGCAAGACAACAGGGUGUUUAUCACUUUAUCUCCAUCAGCUUGGAGGACAGUGGGGAUUAUUCCUGCAAGUCUGAGAAUGUGCAUGGAGAGGCCAACUCUACCUCUCUAUCAGUGGAUGUACAAUAUCCUCCGAGACUUCCCUCUGUGUCAGUGAGUCCCUCUGCUGAGAUAGUGGAGGGCAGUUCAGUGACUCUGACCUGUAGCAGUGAUGCUAACCCAGCAGCUAAUUACACCUGGUACAAGGAGGAUGAUGAGUCACCAAAGGCAUCAGGACAGAACUUCACCAUCACUGACAUCCAACCUGAACACAGUGGGAGUUAUUACUGUGUUGCCCAGAACUCAAGAGGACAUCAGAACUCCAUCUUACAGCUGAAUGUUGUGCCAGGUCAGUUUGAUGCUCCUCACAGUUGA